UCAUUUAAUGCAUAACUGUCAAUUUAGUAGUCGUUGGUUUAAAAAUGUAGGAAAUCUUUUAAUUACAUAUUUGUUUUGUUCAGAAUCGAAGAAAAUAUCGAAUAAGGUUUCAAGUAGUACAUAGAAAAUAAGAAAAAAUGACUAAAACAUUCCAGAAAUGUAGGCUGUGCUCAAAACUCGGGGAUUUUUGUUCAAUUUUUGAUGAUGAUGGUACCAUGAAAUUAUCGGACAUGGUUAUGGCUUUUGCUGAUGUUCAGAUACAUGAAGGUGAUGGUUUAUCAGACAGAGUGUGUACAACUUGUGUGGAAAAUUUAAGCACUGCUUAUUUGUUUAAGCUUCAAUGUGAAAGAACAAAUACUUUACUUCAUAAAUAUCCAGAAGAACAAUUGGAAAAGCCUAUAGAUACAAACUUUGAUGACUUUUAUAAUCAAGAAUUUCACAUACAUUCCGAUAAUGGAUUAGUUGAAGGUAGGAAUGAUCAAAAUAAUGUUAAAGACUACACCUUUGAUGCACAUUUGAAGACAAUUGAUGAAAUUAGUGAUGAAACUGACAGUGAUGUUGACUCGGUGAAGUGUGUGUAUUGUAACCAAUCAUACAACCACUAUGGAGCGCACACUUGCAAUGUUACUUGUACAAUUGAAAGAAAUGAAUUACAGCAAUCAGGAGUUGGCUCUGAGAUUGGGUCUGGCAGUGACGAGACACUUGUUGCCACUGACAACAGUCCUCCUGUCACACCUGUCAAAAGUACACAUUCCAACAAUGAGCCAACACAUGUUAAUGUACAAUGUGUACUCUGUGAACAGAAAUACGAUAAUUACGAUGAUUAUGUUAUUCAUAUAAAUAGAUGUACAACAAAUGUAAAGUUGCAACAUUAUGUAUGUCCAGUGUGUCAUGAAAUUAACACAGAUAAGUUGGUUUACUUGGAACAUUUGAAAGAUGCUCAUUUUAAAGUUGUCAGAUCAAUUUAUGAUAGUGGAGAAGACUGUGUUGAUUCUGUUCCAAUAUUAGUAAAGACAAGAAAACCUAAAGUUGUGCGUCGCCAAAUCGGUUGGUCGAUUGAAGAUAUUUAUCAAGAGAUUGAAUGCAAACGAGUUGAAGAUAAAGAAACACCAAAAUCCAGUCCAUUUAAGUCUUUUCUAUCAAAAAUUGGGAGCGAACAUUCAUGUUUCAGAACUUCAAGCAAGCAUAGUACUCCGAAAAAAGUCACAUUCCGCAAUUGGAUUGAAACAAGCAAGGCUAAAACAUCCAAUUACUUUCCUUUUCGUAAAUACAUAGACAACUAUAGGCUUAAAAGGAAAUCUAACAACUAUGCGCCUAUUAACUCUAAAUCAGUUACAAGCACAAUAAGGACCACAUUUCCUGAAGCAACUUCUGAUAGUGACUACAAUUCUCCGAGUGGUACUUCAGAAGAUUCAUGGAAAAUGAAACAAAAUCUGAUUUGUGCAUGCGACAAAAAAGUAUUCAUGUUGUCGGAGCUUAUUCAUGAUCGAGACCGAAUCGUUGCAAUGAUCAACGAAUUAGGCGGCGUGGUAGCGGAGAAUACAAAAAUGGAGAUGAUGGCAACACAUUUUAUAUCAAUUCUGCCCAAUGAUACAUUUACUGGGAUGAUGGUGUGCUCCCUUGCCACCGGAAAAUGGUUGCUUCAUGUUAGUUUCAUAUAUGAUAGUUUCCGAUGCAAGAAGUUUUUACGUGAAGAUAUGUACGAAUGGUUGAAACAUCCUAAAAUAGUGGAAUUGGACGCAACUAACGUGGAAGUGGCGAAGGCGGCGGUGCACUGGCAUCUAGAGCUGCAGUCUGUCGGCGCUAAGUAUCCCUUUGAAGGAAAACAAAUUGUUCUCAUAAUGAGAAAAAAGUAUAGACAAUACUAUCAGAUGAUCUUCAAGUCUUUGAAAGCAAAAACCUUGACAUAUGAUCCGAGGACCCCAGGCAGCUGUUGUUCCGCCGAUUUUUGUUUUGUCGACAUGAAAAUAAUAGAAAGGGUGAAACUUCGCUUUUUCUUCCACCACAAUGUACCUGUUUUUCCAUAUCAAUUUAUUUUGGUCUACCUCCUGAAGAAAGGUCGCGUCGAGGACCAACAGAAAUAUAUGCUUCAGGAUACCGCUAAAUUUUUACCUGAAGAAAAAGUUUGUUUUUUAAAUAAUACAUUUUAAAUUUGGUACUGAUUUUUUUUAAAUCUAUUUUUUUAAUGUUAAAUCAUUUAAUCGAUUUUAUUAAUCGUUUAUAUUGACUAAGGGUGCAUGGAUGGGAUCAAUUUUAUUAUACAUUUUUAUACAAUUUGCCAUAUUAGAAA